AUGGCGAAUCCCCAGGUAAAGCUCGUGGCUCUGCAGACCUUUCUCGAUGAUUUUCCACACAUCACAUGUGUAACACCAUCCUCUCCCAACUACACUUCUCUACGGCACAUCUUCGCGAGUGAUAAAGAGGCUAUCCCUCUCGCUAUCGUGCGCCCGAAAUCUGCCGCCGAUGUUUCUCUCCUCAUCAAGUUUGCUGUCUCGAAUUCUAUCAGGAUUACCGUUCGCACAGGAGGGCACAAUUUGAGCGGGCUAUGCUUCGCACAAGACGCCUUGACCAUCGAUAUGCGAGAUAUAGCCUACGUCGAUAUCGCCGCUGACAAAGAGACGGUGCGCAUCGGAGGAGGAAUCAUACAGCUUGACCUUGCUCUAGCAUUGGAUAAAGAGGGCUUAGCGACACCUAUGGGAACAUGUGUCACUGUUGGGCAUGUUGGAUGGGCAACCUACGGAGGCUAUGGCCCAUUUUCCAGCCAUUGGGGUCUGGGCGUUGAUCAGAUUGUUGGAGCAAAGAUUGUGAAUGCAAGCGGGAAUGUAGUAGAGGCCGAUGAGAGGCUACUCAGAGGCCUGAGGGGUGGUGGAGGUCUCUUCGGAGUCGUUGUCGAAUUGACCAUCAAAGUGUAUCGGAUCAGAACUGUUCUCACGGGAGCGCUUCUCCUCGAGUCACAAAAUCUCGCCACGACUUUCAAAGAGUUCAGCGUUGGGUAUCAAGAUCUCUCUGAUAAGGGGCUGCCAUCUGAGCUUUUGUUGCAACCGUGCGUCAUGAGCUUGCCGCAAGGACGAGUGAUCGUUAUAAAUUUCAUGUGGAGUUCUGAGGAUAUGGUGGCUGGACGAAGAUGGUUGGCAAAAGUGGAAGCACUUGUUCCCAUCGCUAUCAAUACGGUCACUGUCACAACCAUUCCCGACUUGAUGAAUGCCAGUGUGUCCGGAGCCCCCGAAAGCGCAUACGGUGUGACCUGUACUCACAGUCUAAAGAAGAUCACCAGCGAGGUAGCCGCAGUGAUCGGAGACAAUUUCUCGGGUAUGGGAGAUGAUUGUCUCUUCACUCUUCAUGAACUUCGAGGAGUGUCAGCCAGUGCCAACAAGGACUCGGUGUUUGCUACCAGAGAGCCCCACUUUAUGCUGGAGAUUCUAGGUUAUUCGACGACGGCGGAGAACAGGGACGCCUCUGCGGCAUGGGCCGAGAAGACUUGGCGAGAAGUCGGCCAGACAGACCCAAGCAAUGUGCUUCCUGGAACGUACAUAUCACUAGACCAUUCAGCCUCAAAGCCCGUCUCUAUGCCUUUUUCGAGACACUAUGGCCCAUAUCACGAAGAGCUCCGCGCCCUGAAAAGAGAGUUCGACCCCGAAGAUGUGUUUGCGUUGGCGGUGCCUAUACUGAGUAACUACACAUAG